UGUGGGAAAGUUGUGAUGUCAUCUUCCCUUUUUAAUCACUUCCGAUAGAAGAAAGUCAGACUGUCAUACCGGCAUAAGUUGUCUGUGAAGAACUAAAACAGUAAUACGGCUUAUAUAUAAUUAAUACAAAACAUACAGAAAGAUGAGUGAUUGGAGUCAGUACCCAGAAAGUGUUGCAUCUUGCUCAGCACCCGAUGCAUGUGCAGGUUCUGCUAUUUAUGGUCUAGCAAACGGCAGUACUUAUGCUAAAACUAGUACCAUGCCUGAUUUUACACCAGAAGAUGUAAGGAGUGCAGUUGACUAUGUUGAAAAAAAGAAAUAUGAACAAGGUGCUGGUUUGGAAAUUGGGGGAUUGAAAUUUGCCUAUUUAAGAAAAUUUGAAGAUGGAACGGACACAUUUGUAUUUAAAAGAAAAGCAAAAAGAAAUGAAAAUGGAGAUGAAAUAGAACAACUGGAUUCUGCAGAAAAAUAUCAGAUGUUUAUGCAGAUAGCUAAAGCAUCACUAAUGAUCACACUUUUCAAAGGGGACUUGCAAGGAAACCACACUGAAGGAGUAAAAAGAAUGAAUGAUCUUAUUGAAUACCUGAAAAGCGUCAAUAUGUAAUCAUGUAAACAAUAGAUUUAACAAAUUCGUAAAUUAUAUUGUCAAACGAUCAAAACAAAGACCAAAACAGUCCAGCAAAUCAUCCUUUCCUUAGUAUCUAUGUACAUGCUAAGUAAGUUUAGUCGAUUGUAAAUUGCAGUUCGCUUAUGAUAUUAUAUUUGACAACACAUUUCGUAGCAUAUCAUUGUACAUUUCAUUUCAUUUGUUUUAUACUGUAAAUAUACAGUGACCAUAAGAUGAAUCAGUUCUGUUUGCUGAACUCAAAUGAAUAAAUUUUUAUUUUAGAAGGUUUAUUGAUAUAAAUUGUACUGAGAAUUUAUUCCUGAAAAAUAGCAGUAGCUAUUUGACCAAUAACUUUUGAUACAAUUCAAAAGAUCAUAUUCUCCAGAUAUCAAAAGUUAGUGAAUUUAUUUUUUCUACAAAGCAGGAAGGAAAAUCUUGGCAAUCUUUUGUUUCUUUGUCUUUCUUUUUAAACUGGAAGAAACAUAUGCUGUAUUUGAAUUUAUAAAAACAUAAGUUGUAAAUGUACUGUAAGUUAGUUGGAAUUCAGCCAAUGACAAUCUAGACCAAGAAUAACUUCCAAUUCUUUUAAACUAGCACAAAAUUUAUAACAAAUAAACUGAUGCUGAGUUUCUUUUUGCCAAUCUAAUACUUUUAGUUUUCUCAAGACUCAAAAUUCAGAGCUAUUAAACAAAACAUAUUUUUUUCUCUUUUCAGAGUGCAAAUUGUGGCUUUAAUUGUCUGACAUUAUAUAUGUCAUUGUACACACAAUAUUUCAAAUUUUUAUUUUUAUUGUACAUUGUACUAGAGAAAUGUUAAAAUAAGAAAAGAGAAAACCAGAAUGUGAUAUUCAACUAAAACCAUGUGCUGUAUAAAUAGAUUUGUUAGAUGUUCAGGUCUUUUUACGUAUUUGAAUUUGAGAAUAUAAGAUGCUUGUUUUGGUCAAAAAGAAUUAUACAUUUACCUAGAUAAGGUAACAAUGUUUAACAAGUAGCAAGUAGUUCCAAUUAUUACUUAAUCCAGUAUUUAUAUAAUAUUAACUAGUCAUUGAUAAAGAUCUGUCAGGCUUUCAUGAAAAUGAAAGUUAUUUUUUUUUAUAUGUUUGUACCCAGAAAAUAAGGUUAUCUAAAAAAAAAUGUACUUCGGGAAAUUUUCAUGCAAAUUUAGACCUUUAUGAUUUUAUCAUUUAAAACCUUUCAGAAUCUGUUCAAAAUAUCAUAAGACCUUUGCAUAUGUUAUCAAUGCAUUCGUGUACAGAUUGCUGUCUACUUCAAAAAGUAAACCAAAGAUUUUAAUCCCGGUAUGUUGUAUUUGUAGUGGACCUAUAGACACCUUCAUUAAUGUGUUAAUCUUGGUUUCAUGUUUGUCAAAAAAUCUUUAUUCUAUGUAAAGAUUAAAAAUAAAUUAAUUAUUAUUUCACUUUUCUGAAUUGAGUAAAAUGGAUUUGUAAACUGUAGCUAGGAGAAAAGAGCAAUAGUAAAUAUUUGUAUUUUGAGUGAGAAGUUAGUAGGGUUUGAUAAACUCUUAGUGAGUUUUUGUCUAUAUAACAUGUAUACUUAGAAAACAUAUGGAACUGAUUCUGUUACUACCUUGAAGGUAUUGAAUGGUCUAUGGCCUUUCAUAAUUUUAAGUCAUAAUUAUUAGGGACAAUAGGGUAUUUAUGCAGAAAGUAUAAACACUUCUAAAUUUUCAUAAUCUUAAAAUAGCAUAUUUAAAAAUUAAACUUCUGGCUAGAUGAAACUGUUAUAUUUAGUUAUAGGUGUUCAAACAGAAGCAUUUUAUAAAGUGCUUGUCUAAGUUAUUUUUAUAAAUUGAUUCAGACUGAAGAAAGAAGAUAUUUAAAAUGUCAUGAAUGUUCAUAACUUUGAAGGUUUAUUAUUCAAUGCUCCCUUAUCUGAUAUAUAAAAAAAAAUGGAAGUAAAGUAAUUGAAUUGAAACGAGGAAAGGCAUUUGGUGCAUUUGUUUUAAGUCAAUGUGAAUCAGUCUAUCAGUUUUCAUAAUGUAUAAUAUACGAAAAUAUUUGAUUUUUAUUGUAUUAAUUGUUGAGUAUUAAUAUGGAUAUCUUGUUUUACAAGUAGAUAGAUUGUCACUACUACUGAGGGUACUAAUUGAGGGUACAGUUAUACUAUACCACAGUUAAAACAGACAUUAUUGAAAACUGGUAGAUUGAUUCAAAUUUGUAUUAUAAUAGUUCUGUGAUAAAUGUGUAAAUAGAUAUACUGAUCAGUA